AGUCAGUUUCCCCGGGCUUGAGUUUGUUUACAUGCUGUUCCAUGUUGAAUAAAAUACCAGCUUUGUAUUUUUACACACCGCCUCGGACUCCCGUCUCUCGGAACUUCAAUGGCGAUCAAUAUGGAGAAGGAAAAUUCAGUUAAAUCACUCAAAGAAACCCCUUUUAAUGGGAGGACACUGGAGGGAAAACUAAGAGUCAAAAAGCUUGGUCCUGAUCAGCCCGACAUCGCCAUUAGGCAGGAGUCAACGGACAGACGUAAGCAUUUUAAUCGCUGUUUCUCAAAGAGCUGGUUUAUCAAAAAGGCUUGGCUAACUGGCUGUAGCGACACCAGCACUUUAUUUUGCUUCCCCUGCCUCCUUUUCCGGACUUCUAGAUCAGACGUAGCAUGGACUCAGAAAGGUGUUAAUGACUUAAAACACCUAUCAGAGAAAGCAAAAAAGCAUGAACAAAGUAAAAUCCACAUGGAAAAUGCUAUGCAACUAGCCAUGUUUGGAAGAGUAAACAUAGCUGUCCAACUCGACGAAGACUACAGGAUAGGCAUCCGUAGACAUAACGAGGAGGUGGACAAAAACCGGCACAUCCUUUCUAAAAUAAUAGACUGUGUCAAGUUCUGUGGUGCCUUUGAGCUUGCCCUGCGUGGACAUGACGAGAGUGAAAGCUCAGAAAAUCCUGAUAUUUUUAGAGGGUUGGUGGAUUUUGUUGCAUCACUGGAUGUGGUUCUAAAAGAGCAUCUGCAGACUGCCACUGUGUUUAAGGGAACAUCUAAGACAAUACAAAAUGAACUCCUUGACUGUAUGCUAUCAGUUUUGAGAGAGUGCAUUUUGGAAGAAAUCAGGAGUGCAGACUUUGUCUCCAUCCAGGUUGAUGAAACAAUGGACAUUUCCACUCAGUGUCAACUCGUCCUUGUGAUCCGUUACAUUGACAAAGCCCAUGAUGUGCAAGAGAGGUUUUUCGAGUUUAUAUUUCUCCAGAGUGCCACAGCUGAUUCCAUCGCCACCGCACUUCUGGAUAGGUUGAGCUCCAUUCUCCCUGAUGACCAGAAGAGCAAGCUCAUUUCCCAGGCAUAUGAUGGUGCAAGUGUCAUGAGAGGAACCACAGGUGGUGUGCAGAAGAAGGUUCAAGACGUCUAUGUGAAUGCACACUAUGUCCACUGCUAUGCUCACCAACUAAACCUCAUCAUGCAGCAGGUGACAUCUCACAUCACCAGAGUGAGACAGUUCUUCUCUGACCUGGGUGGAAUCUCUGGUUUCUUUGCUAGAUCUCCCAAGAGAACCAACGUGCUCGAUAAAGUGGUGGCCCACAGACUCCCAAGAGCAUGCACGGUGAGAUGGAACUUCCACAGCUGUACUGUGAAGACUGUGUUUGAGCACAAAGAUGACCUCCUCCAGUGUUUUGAAACCAUCAGGGACUCCGGCGAAUUUGAUCCUAACACUACGAGAGAAGCUGGAGGCUUUGUGAGAAUACUGGAGGAUGAUACCUUCCGCUUCUUCCUGGAACUGUUCCAUCGCAUCAUGCCACAUGUGGAUGUUCUCUACAACCAGCUCCAGAAGCGGACCGUCAACUCAGUCUUUGUUCAGGGAAUCAUGCAGGAGUUCACGGACAACGUUAAAAAGAUCAGAGAUUCCUUCCCUACUUUCUGUGGAGAAUACAGCAGCUGUGCAUCUCAGCAGCAGCUGGGCAAGAAACGGCGCACACUGGGCCCAGGUGAACUUCAGAUGCUCGCUACAGAGGUCUGUGACACUAUCUUGGGCCAUACCAAACAGCGGUUCUCCUUCACCAAGCACCUGAUCAGUGCUACACUGCUGCAGGGAGACAAAUUCCAGCAGUACAACCGCCAUUUUCCUGAAGAAGCACUGGACACCACGGUGGAGGCUUACCCACUGCUGAACCAGAGCAAGCUGAAAAACGAACUGUCACUCAUCUACAGCAACGAUGAGUUUAAGAACUGCAGGGGUGCUGUGGCUCUGUACCAGCUCUUCAAGCAGAACAAUCUUCAGGACACCUUUUCAGAGACUGUGGCACUGCUGAAGAUCCAGAUCACCACUCCCAUGACCACGGAUGAAUCUGAGAGGUGCUUCUCAACACUGAAGAGAAUCAAGACCUUCCUCAGGAACACAAUGUCCAAGGAUCGUCUCAAUGCCUUGGCCAUGCUUUCUAUGGAGAGAAAACUUGUGAAAGACAUCCCUGACUUCAACCACAGAGUCAUGGACAAAUUUGCGUCCCUCAAGGGCAAAAUCUAUGUACAGAAAAUAGGUGCAGUUUUGGUAUAGUCCCACCUGGAAAAAGAUGCACCAGCCGCCAAUGUUCACAAUAGUCUCUUUGAGUGAAAAGUCUCGUCAUCUAUUGGAUAGAUUUGUACACGCAUUCAUUUACCAUUCAGGAUUCAUUGCUUAAAGGUCCCAUGUCAGGCUAAUAUGUCCUCAGUGAAAUCUUAAUUCCUCUGUAGUAUUCUUAUAUCUCAGACAAUACCAAGUAGUGAGAGAUAGAGGAAGAAAGAAAAUGUCAAAGCCUUCUAUGCUGUAGGCUUAGCGGUUCCAUGUAAAGGAACAGGAAGCAACUCUUGGGUUUCAUGUUUCAAGGAAUUGACAUUGCUCUUUUUACUCUAUUCAAAACCACACCAUGAUCCAAAGAGUGCUAUGUUAAAUGACAGUGUCUUUACUAUGUCAAAUUGUACGACUUUAAAAGGCACUGUGUUCCCUUGCCAGUCAGGUAUAGAGCUUGUCGAGACUUGGCACAGCCUAGCAACAGGAACAACUCCAUUAAUCACACUUUUGUACAGAAGUUGUAUAACCAUGAUCAAUUAAACUAUAAACAUCCUUUCA